CAUUAUUUCCAUUUCCACCACUUCGAUUUCAACACCACCAGCCUGUCCACCAUCCAUCAUGGAAUUGAUGCGCCAUUCAUCGUCGUUCCUCCUUCCAACGAUUCCGACCGACGGUCGAUCUUCUACGACCUAUGCACUCGUCAUUCUCAACCAAAACCUACCAAGAUUCACUCCUCUGCUUUGGAAGCACGCACAGGUUCGGCUCUGCGCUGAUGGCGGCGCCAAUCGCCUCUACGAUGAAAUGCCUGAGUUAUUCUGUUCUGAGGAUGCGUUAGAUGUUCGACGCAGGUACAAGCCAGAUGUAAUCAAAGGAGACAUGGAUUCAAUUAGAAGUGAAGUACUGGAUUUUUACACAACCCUGGGAACAAAGGUUGUAGAUGAAUCACAUGAUCAGGACACCACAGAUCUGCAUAAAUGCAUGUCAUAUAUUUGUGACUUCACUCCAGAUUUGGAUAAAUCUAAUCUUUGCAUUCUUGUUGCUGGAGCACUUGGUGGACGAUUUGACCAUGAAUCUGGAAACCUAAAUGUUCUAUAUAAUUUCUCAACCACGCGCAUAAUCCUUAUUUCUGAUGAUUGUCUCAUCCACCUUCUUCCGAAGACUCACAGUCAUGAGAUAUAUAUUCAAUCUUCUGCAGAGGGCCCACACUGUGGACUAAUUCCCAUUGGGAUGCCUUCUAAGAGAACCACAACAACUGGGCUGAAAUGGGAUCUGAAUGACACUGAGAUGAAAUUUGGUGGUUUAAUAAGCACAUCAAAUAUUGUUAAAGGGGAGAAAGUCACCGUACAAUCUGAUUCCGAUCUUCUUUGGACGAUUUCCAUCAAGAAGCUGUAAUGUCUGUUGCUUUAAAUAGACGGUGCUCAAGCUGCAGCUUUCUUAGCUGUUCCUUAACCUACAUUGAAUUGGACAGUUCUGAUUCUUAUGUCCAUAUUAUAUUAUUAUUAUUAUUAUUUUUCUCCAGAUCAUUGUACUAAGGUAAUUGUCCAAAUUAAUUUUGUACUAUCAUUUUAUCACAUUUCCCAUUCCCCUUUUCUGUUAUUUGAAGAUUCUUUGGACAUUUUUGUUUUCAAAA